UAACGCGUUGUGGGCUUGAUUUGUUUUGUUUUCCUUACAAAAAUAAACAAAUUGGUAAAAUACGUAGCAAUUUAAAAAAACAUUUAAUAUAAACACGAUGCCACUAACUGCAGAGAGUGCUGCUCAACAGAUUCAGGAUCGCCUGAAGGACAUUCAGCAACAUAUUCAUAUUGUAGACGAAGAGCGUCGCCGGGCGGAGAACUCUAUUUCCAGCCUGGUGCGAUCGCUCCAUGCCACCAAUCAGAAGGUAAAACCCCUGCUCAAAGCCAGCUUAAUGGAGGCUUCGCAGGAGGAGGCCACAAUUCGCGCUGCCCUGGCCAAAAUCCACGAGAUUCGGAGCAUUCGGAAUGAGAGGCGGAUACAAGCUCGCAAUGCUGGAAACAAGGAGGCCAUUCGACGAGGAGCCCUCAUGAAAAUGGUGCAGCUAUCGGCACAAACGCUGCCCCUUUUUGUUGGCAAACUCGGAGAACGGGCACCGGCUUUGUGUGGAGCCAUUCCCGCCGAGGGAAACUAUGUGGCCAAGGUUGGCGACAACGUGGCAGCCUUAGCCAAGGGAAUCGACGAAGAGGAGAACUGGAUCCUGGCGGAGGUGGUGCAGUUCCUCCAUCGCCAGAACAAAUACGACGUUAUCGACAUUGACGAGGAGCAGAAGGACCGCCAUGUGCUGAGCAAGCGAAAGGUCAUUCCACUGCCCUUGAUGCGUGCGAAUCCCGAGACCGACGGCCACGCCCUGUUCCCAAAGGACACGGUGGUAAUGGCGCUAUAUCCGCAGACCACCUGCUUCUACAAGGCCAUCGUCCACCGCCUGCCGCAGACCGCCACCGAGGACUACGAGGUGCUCUUCGAGGACUCCUCGUACCUAAAUGGUUACGCAGAACCGCUGCCGGUGGCUCAGCGCUAUGUGAUUGCAUAUCGCCCCACGAAAAAGGGCGCCGGCAGUGGCAGCGGGAAUCUCUCAUCGGCUUAGACAACCAUAUUUUUUACUUUUAGCAUUAAGCAUAUAAAGAGAGCUCGUAGUUUACAAUAUUUGGGUAUUGUAAAAAUAAACCACAGCUAACGCAAAA